AUGUCGCUACCAGAGUACACCCCCGUGCCGAGCUAUCCUCCCGGCGAGGGCCCGUCCGCUGCUGCCACUGCGCGCGCUCCAGUCCGCCCCAACAACGCCGACUUUACCGUGCCGACCUUCCCGACGGUCUACCCGCGCGUGUUCGUCUCGAUCGUGCUCAAGUCCUUCCUCUGGCUCUUCGGCCUCGGUCUGCCUGUAGUGCUCGUGCUCGCGAAAAAGGGCGUAAACACGCUCCCCCACCUGCUGGGCUACCUCGCCCUCUUCGCCGGCGGGCUGUGCGCCGCCAUAGUCGUCCUUCGCGGGAUGGUUGUCGUCCUCGGCUCGGAGCUCACGUUCACCGUGUGCUGCUCCGUCCUGACGAUGUGCAUCAUGGUCCUGUUCAUCGACUACGUCCCGACAUUCAACGGCGCGCCGGAGCCCCACUUCCACCCCGCGUGGGUCGGCCUCGGCGCCGUAACGGCCCUCGCCUUCAUCAUCAUCUGGCGCGUGCUCUACCUCUCCAGCAACCACCGCGCAUGGGACGAGGGCGAGGUCGCGCACACGCCCGCACCGGGCAACGAAGCCAUCCUCGACGGCCUCCACAGCACCGACCGCACCGACCUCAAGCGCCGCCGCCGCCUGCUCGAGGUCGCAGUGUCCCAGAACCUCGCGUCCCUCGAGCGCCUGGAGCGCGAGUACGCCCGCGAGGGUGCGCAGGGAGGGCUGGUCGUGUACGCCGACGUCGAGACGCUGCGUGAGAUUGUGCGCCGUGACUUGGCUGCGCUGAGGCGGGUGGCUGGCGUGUUCACGGACCGGUUUGGCGCUGACGACGCCGUUGGUCCGGAGAAGGUGGACGUGUAG